AUGGAUGCUCUGACCAUUAAAGAAGAAAAAUGUAAAGUGUUGGAAACAAAGCUUCGCUACACUGAGAAGCAUGUCGAUGAUUUUCUAUCGGAGAAUGCUGUCACUAGAAGUUGUAUCUUCGACAUUACUGGAUUGCUCUUUGAUAUCAUUGAUACUUGUGAUCGCAUGAUCUCCAUCACUAUAAAGAAGCAUCUGGCUAAGAAGUUAUGCUCGGUGUUCGCUAUGUUGCACCGUUUGGAAGGUGUUAUGAAACCGGUGUCGAUUUUGCAAGAAGGGGGAAAAGGUGGCUCCAAAGUUCAAUUGAAUGAACCCCCCAAAGCUCUAGUGAACCCUUUGGUCAAUCCUCCUGUCAUCAAGAAAGAACCCAAGUGUAAAGAAAAGCUAUUUAACGAUGAACCCAUUAUCAAUGAUGAAGGAGACGAAGAGCCAGAUGAAGCUGAGCUUAAAAGGCGGAAGGCUCGUGAGGCGGAGUUGGACAAAAAUGCUCACAUUGUCAGAGAGGAAGAAGAAAAGGAAAAGGCUGAUAAAGAAGAUCAGGCCACACUUAGAAGCUGA